AUGGGCGUUUGCAAAGCAUUCCAACAUCCAGCCAUGGGUGACAUUCGAUGUUCAUCGGCUUUGGCAAUGUCCGCGGGCUUUGAGCAAAAGUCAACGCAUGGAUUUCUCAAAUCCGAAGACUACUCCUCACAUGAUGCGACGCCCAGUCUUUCAGCCAAACCACGCGUUCGUCUUUUCUUGUCAUGUUCACAAAACACACUUUCAGAGGCGUCGGAAACAAGACAUUUCAAGAGUGACCAAGACGAAACGGUCCAGAAUGUGGACGCGGGGAUACCUUACCCUAUCCUCGGUUAACCUCUUCCGCCCUUCUACAAGCCUCGGCAUCUUGACUAACGACUGAUGCAACACCUGCCUCUUUUGUUUACGCGCGAGCCGCUUGACUUGGAAGCUAGUGGUAGCACCAUGAUGUCGGCCGCGGAUG